GAGAGAGAGGGGAAGAGGAGAAGAGGAGAGGAGAGGGUAGAGGAGUAUGUUGUAAGAGGCUGCAGGCAGCAUGAGUGAGUCUCUGUGCAGGAGAUAGCAGCACUGGCACUUUCACUGCUACGGUAAGAGGACUCUCUCACUACAGAACACGAUGGGGGCCUGCCUGUGGUUCCUCUUCUUCGCUGUGAAUGGAGUCGCAGCCUUUGUACACCCGUCACAGCUCUCGUCCUGCCGAGUGCUCCAGAAGAAUGCAUACUGCAGUGAUCUGAACCUGACGAGUGUCCCACCCCAGCUGCCACCUGGCAUCCACAUGCUCGACCUGUCGCGCAACUUCCUCCAGAACCUCACCGAGGAUAUCCUGUCUACCUAUCCCACCAUCCGCCAACUAAACUUCCAUUCCAACAGGAUCCAAAGCAUUCAGCCAGGCCUCUUCAGAAACAUGAACCACCUGCAGGUUCUUGAUCUCUCCAGAAACCAGCUGCACCUUUAUGCAGCACUGAAAACUAAUGUGGGGCCACUCACUUCAGUCCAGAAACUGGACCUGUCUGGAAAUGGCCUUUACACGGACAUGAGCGACUACUUUCUGAGAGAUGCUCCUGCCCUCACAAACCUCUCUUUAAAUGGAAACAGCAUAACCAAAAUAGGCAAAGAAACAUUCAGUGGGUCCCUGGCCUUGAGAAAAAUAGACUUACAUAACAAUGUCAUUCUAGAGAUUGAGGAGGGUACAUUUAACUCUCUGCAGCAUCUCACCGAGCUUGAUUUGUCAAUGAACUCAAUUUCUUGCAUUGAAGACUUUAAUCUCUUUCCGCUGACAUCAUUAAACCUAAGCAAAAACAGCAUGACCUCCUUCCAGUGCACUGACUUAGACAAGGAGUUUGAGCUGCUGUACCUGGACCUCAGCGAGAACAAGAUCCACUACUUCCCCAUUCUCCCAUACAAGAACAAGAUCAUCCACCUGGACCUCUCUCGUAACCAGCUGCGCAGCGUGAACUGCACUGGUGCAGCUGAGGAACUACAGUACCUGAAAGACAGACAAGAGUUGACACAUGCCCCCCGCUGCAGCAGCAAUCACCACCAGGAACUACCUCGGCUCCGCUACUUAGACCUAAGCUAUAACCAUUUUACGGCUGUGCCUUCUGACUUCUUUAACAGUAUGGUGGAUCUAGAGACCCUAAACAUAAGCAAUAACUGUCUGGGUACCUUCAUGGUGGAUACAGAAGGCCCUCUGAAUGCACUGAAGACCCUUGACCUGAGUUUCAACAAUUUGCAGAACUUCACAUUUUGUGAAGGCACCUUGCAAGGACUGAGGUCUCUUUAUCUUCAGGGCAACUAUCUCAGCACCUUGGACUUUUCCCGCCUACACAGCAUCACAAAUCUGCAUCUUCAGCUCAACACGCUGCAUGUCUGUGGUUCACAGGACCAACCCAGUGGCUGUGUCUCUUUUUCCUCCAUGCCCAGUCUGCAAUACCUCUACCUCUCAGAGAACAACCUGAUUUCUGUACCUGCGCAUGCCUUCCAGGGCACCCCACUGCUCAUCCUGGACCUGUCUCUGAACCCUGGUGUGAAGAUUAGUGAGCAAGCUCUCUCAGGCUUGGAGAACUCCCUCAUAUACCUCUCUUUGAGAGGGGACCAACUCCAGACACUUAAAACUGACCUCUCUCUUCUACGAUCCCUGAGAAUGGUGGAUUUGUCCAGGAACCAACUGACCAGCCUGUCAUUGAGCAGAGACUCUGCCAUAGAAAUUCUGCAUCUGCAGAACAACAGCUUGGAAAUCCUGGAGGAUCACACGCUAAUGGCUCUAGAGGGAAAGCUUAGAACUCUCCACAUCAGCAUGAAUCCACUCAGCUGCUGCGCAAACACACGUCUGAUCGAUUGGGUGCAGCAAGCUAGUGUGGACAUUCCAGACAUCACAAUGGCUACCUGCCAUUACAGAAAGGAUGCUGAAUAUGUGAAGAUCAACCUCAGAAAUGUGAAAACUGAGCACUGCGAUACUCUGAACGGCAAAGUGUUUGUGAUUAGCUUGAUUGCCGUGCUAGUUUUGGGACUGAUGGUGGUUUUGCUAGUGGCCAUAAAGUUGUGCCACUCAAGAAGUCACAGAUUCAACCACAGCUACAGGGCCUGAAAUACUCGUGAAGGAAAACCAAGAAAGGAAACUGAAGGUGACAUAUAGAGAUGUGACAAUCACAUGAGUUCAGCAAUAGGUCCAUUCUUGGUGACCUGCUGGUAUUUUUGAUAUGACUGAAGGGGAACUGGUCUAAGUUUAAAAGUUUGAAACACUAGGCCCAGUCACUGCUGACAUUUCAGUCACAACUGACAUUUUCUUUCAUCUGAAGUUUGCUAGUGAACAGAGGCUUGCAGUGUUAUUUUCGAAUGACUGAAAAAAAAAACAGGAAAGCAGCCUUGACCAAAUACAUAGGCCCUUCUAACUCUUUAGAGAAGUACUUUAAGAAAGGUCUAUAUAUGUCUCAGAGAAAGAGCACAACACCAGCACAGAUGAGAUCCAAGCUCAGCACUCUCAUGGAAGUUUGAUACAUGUGAAGGACUCGAUGAAGGACAAUGUCUGCUGCAUGUGUCUUGUGUUUAGAAGGACUUCUUAUUAUUCUGAUGAUACUGUCUGUUUAUAUGCUCACUACAUUUCCCAGGGUUAGCUUUGCCUAACUGAUUCAUUAUGUUGCACUUUAAGGACUGUGUUGCGUCAAUAUGAAAGAUGUGUAAAAAUCUAUAUGUACUCCUCUUAAGCAUAACCAAAGCCAUCCAACACUACAGAUGAAUGAAAUAAUAUACUUCAUGCAGAUUUUUAAGAAAGAUCAGAGGGGUGUAGAACAUAGCUAGGUUCCUGAUGUUGGUGCAUAACGUUGGAUUCUACUCAAGCUAGCUUUAUACUAAGCUACCCUCCUAAAAAAGUUCUUCAAUGAUUCUUUUAUUGUUACAAGCUUAGUAUUGUAACAACAGCAGAACCCUUUUGGUGCUAUAUAGAACCCUUUUCAAAAAGGUUCUACAUAGAAGCAUCUACAGCACAUUCUCCAUCAAUCAUUUAAGUAUGCAAAAGGUUCCUAGAAUGUUCAUGGUUCUACUUGGAACCACUGUCUUUACUAAAGAACCCUUGAAGAACCAUCUUUUUUAAGAGAGUAGCUAAACCAGUUUGGCCAGUGACUUUCAUACCGUUGUCAUUUUUACUUUUUUGCACAAUUUGAAAGCUACACCUACCCUUUGCAUGGUCUUAAAACCAACAGGAGUGAUUCAAAAUUGCUUGUUACAUUGACUUCCAUUACAAGUUAGGCAUGUUUUCUACUGACAGUGACAGUUAAAUGUAGCUUUCUGUUAGCAUGUUAACAACUGAACCCAGCUUUGUAAUAUGCCCCUCAGUCCGGUGUGGUUCAGUUUGAAGGUCAGUGGCAUAGGACCAGUCAUGAGACCGGACAGAGAACACGUGGAGUGUAGCGUACGUAUGUGUGUGUGUGUUUUUGUGGGUAUGUGUGGGUGUGUGUGAUUUGAUUUAACCGAGCCAGGGCAGAGGAAGUGCUGCUGUCGGGACACCUGGAGCAAAAAUGCAGUAUGUUUUCACAGCUUUAGGGCCACUGCAGAUACCUUUCCUGUUAUUGAUUCAGUCUCACCAACUCCCCAUAACUCUUAACAAGGAAUUCGCUGAUGCAGGACGAAAAAACGCAGCUUUUGAUUAUGUCGCUAUAGCCGUUUAUUUACAUUGCUUGAAAAAAUUGAAGUAUUUUAUGACACUCAAGGUAUACCGAGCCUCACACUGGGAUACAAGCUGGCUGUGAUCAAGCAUCAGUUAUCCAUCAAAGCUAUGACAUUAAUAGAGUUCAGUGCCAGGAGCAGUUUAAGCCAGCUGUCUAUACCAGGAGUUGGCAUGACUGAAAUAGACACAGGAAAUCCCUACGUGUUUGGAUGUGUCAUCACCUCAUGUUAUAAAUAGGAGUUCGUUUAACAACCUGUUGACUUGAUAACAAGAGGGACAUUUCCUCCUAUGGCUUUCAUGGUCACUACCACUUCUUGUUUUCCUCCUACGCAAUCUGUUCACACCGAAACCAGCAGUGAUCUCACACACUCACACACACACCCACGCAGUGCUGCAGAGGCCAAUGACGACUGCUUCUGCUUCAUUCCACUAAAUAUUUAUGCUUUAUGAAGGAAUGAUUCCGAUGUGUGUGUGUAAAGAAUGUAAAUGAACUAGAGACAUAGUUCAUGCAGAGAUAUAUUUAUGAAGUUUUAUAUUUUCGUAAAUAAAUGGUCUGUCUUAUA